AUGGAGGGUGGGCCACGGGUGCACAAAAAGAUCCCUCUACUGGAACCCGCGCUUUGCAACGGUUCAAAUGAAAGAGAAAAUUCAGGCGUCAUCAAGUCUGCCGCUGCUCAUCAUAGCACAGGACACACGGCACAGAGAGAGGGCCAUGGCUACCAGGGCCGCCAGGGGUCGGGGUUAUAA